CAGUCAAGCAACAAUUCCAGUUACUUCGUUUAAGUUAUGAAGCAUUAAAUUUUUAGGACCUAAAAUUCGGAUCAUUGGUAUGAAUAUUCCUCGCAAAUAAGGACAUCAUAAAGCCACUUCAUACCUUAAUUUGUCAACAGCAUUUUGUCCAGUUCUUCACCCUCUUUUUUAUUGAAAUUUUUGUGGAAGUUGCAACUUGUAGCACCUUGUUUUUGGUACUUUCUAGUUUCUCCAGCAUUUCAACAAUUUCAUGCAUGCAAAAAAAAGAAAACCCACUUCAAAAACAUAGAAAAUCUUGUUGAAAUUUGGCAAAUUUAAGCUUUUGGAUUAUAGUAUAGGAGAAAUUAGAGAUGUUUGUGAGGUGGGUUUAUGCUAAUCUUGCUGUUUUUCUGGUUGUGGGUGUAAUAAUCUUAAAAGGUUCAGAGUUUUGUGAAGGAAGUAAGACUAGUAGCUUCUGUAGAACAAAGAAUGAUAUCUCCCUUGAUAUGCCCUUAAGUAGUGAUGUAUUCCAACUUCCUCCUGGUUAUAAUGCUCCUCAACAGGUUCAUAUAACACAAGGAGACCACAUUGGUAGAGCUGUGAUCGUCUCUUGGACUACUCCAGAUGAGCCUGGAUCAAACACUGUAACUUACUGGGCUGAAAACAGCACAGAAAAGAAACAUGCGGAGGGCAUUGUUCUCACUUACAAGUAUGUCAAUUACACUUCGGGCUACAUUCAUCACUGCACUAUUGCAGGACUAGAGUUUGAUACAAAAUACUACUAUGAGGUUGGAUCUGGCAAUUCUUCAAGGCAAUUUUGGUUCAUAACACCUCCAGAAUCUGGUCUUGACGUCCCUUACACUUUUGGUCUGAUAGGAGACCUUGGUCAGACACAUGAUUCAAACAGGACAGUCACACACUAUGAGUUAAACCCAACGAAAGGAAAGACACUCCUGUUUGUUGGAGACCUAUCUUAUGCAGACAACUACCCUUACCAUGACAAUGAAAGGUGGGAUACCUGGGGAAGAUUUAUUGAAAGGAAUGCUGCUUAUCAACCAUGGAUCUGGAGUGCCGGCAACCAUGAGAUAGAUUUUCUCCCAGCUGUGGGGGAAACUAUACCAUUCAAGCCAUAUACAUAUCGAUUUCCGACACCAUAUCAAGCGUCGCUCAGUACUGCUCCUUAUUGGUACUCAAUCAAAAGAGCUUCAGCCCAUAUCAUUGUCAUGGCUUCCUACUCGGCUUUUGGGAAAUACACACCUCAAUACAAAUGGCUGAUGGAUGAAUUGCCUAAGGUUAACAGGAGUGAGACACCUUGGCUCAUUGUUGUAAUGCACUGCCCAAUGUAUAGCAGUUAUGUACAUCACUACAUGGAGGGAGAAACCAUGAGAGUGUUGUAUGAACCAUAUUUCGUCAAAUACAAGGUCGAUGUCAUCUUUGCCGGUCAUGUCCAUGCCUAUGAGAGAUCAGAAAGAAUAUCCAACAUAGCAUAUAACAUCAGUAAUGGUUUAUGUGAUCCUGUUAGCGACCAGUCAGCUCCAGUCCACAUAACUAUUGGAGACGGAGGGAAUCUAGAAGGACUCGUAUACGAAAUGACCCAACCACAGCCAGAGUACUCUGCAUACCGUGAGGCCAGCUUCGGUCAUGGCAUUUUCGACAUCAAGAACAGAACACAUGCAUAUUUUGGUUGGCAUCGUAAUCAAGAUGGAUAUGCGGUCGAAGCAGAUUCUUUAUGGCUUCACAACAGAUACUGGCAUCCUAUACAAGAAGCCUCGGUUGCUUCCAUGUGAAAAAUGGACUGCUGGAGUAUUUCCUUCCAUUGCAGCUGAGUUUGGUUCAUGUUAAGAUUUCCACAAGUCUCUUUAAGUUUCUGCCAAGAUGGUUUUCACUUACAUCACUUGUACCAAGAACAUAUAAUCAGACAUCAUUAGUUAAAUCCUUAUUUUUUCAUGAUA